AUGGUAUGCACCUUGUCUGGAUUCUCCACGUUCAUUCAUGUCUAUUUCAGUAAUAAGCAGUUUAUUAUACAAUUGCUCAUCUUUGGUCUUGCCUUUGCUGAGCUUUGGAGUUUUAUGGUGAUAAUGGAUGACAUCAUCACAGAACAGGGUUACAAACUUUAUGGUUAUCCUACUGCGCUGGCUGCAUUCACCGGUUUAAUUGCUUCGCUGAUCUGCGGUGUCAUCGCUGAUUGUACGAAGAGAUUCAAGGAACUUAUUCGGUUUUGCUGGAUAUGCUUCUUACUUGCCGCCAUACUGAUUAGAUUUGUAAGUGGUUCUUUGUAA